GUCCUACAAAGAGCUACCUAGACAAAAUGUAUAAUACUGUUUUUGUUUUGUGUCUAUCUUUUCUUGCUGUGUUGGCUAAAUACGAAAUUUAUGAAGGGCAUACAUUGUAUAACAUCGUCGUGAAAGAUGUAGAACAAGCAAAGCUAGUCAAUGGACUAGAAAAACAAAUUCCAAUUGAUAUUUGGAUGUACGCAAUGCCCGGUCGUCCUGGUCAGGUUUUUGUCUCCAAAGAAACUGAGCAGAAAUUUCUGGAUGUAGUUGAGAAUGCGGACAUUGAAUACUCUAUUCUUACAGACAAUAUUAGAGAGAGUUUGGAAUUGGAAAAAGAAAGGUUGGCUGCUGCUGCAAAACGAAAAAGCGAGAGAUCUUCCUUUGGUCUCGAUUUUGACACUAUUCACAGAUAUGAAGUAGUCGACGCGUAUCUCACAGAAUUGAGUAUCCGAUUCCCACACUUUGUCACGGUUGAAUCCGCUGGAAAUAGUUUCGAAGGACGUGAUAUUAAGUAUCUAAAAAUUUCCACCACUCAUUUUCAGAAUAAUACGAAACCUGUAAUUAUGCUCCAAUCCCUUCUUCACGCCCGUGAGUGGAUUACCCUGCCAGCUACACUGUACGCUAUUGAGAAGCUCGUCAUUGAUAUAACUGAAAGGGACUUGGUUGACAACAUCGACUGGAUAAUUUUGCCCAUUGCCAAUCCCGACGGUUAUGAGUGGAGUCAUACUGACGCUCGCUUUUGGAGAAAAAAUCGUCGUAAUGGUUUAUUGCCAGGAGACAGUUGUGUGGGAGUCGACCCUAACAGAAACUUUGACGUUUUUUGGGGAAAUAACUCUAGUGACGACGUUUGUUCUAACACGUUCCAUGGCACAAGCGCCUUUUCAGAACCUGAGACUGCCAUUAUUAGAGAUAUUAUUCUUGAACACAGUGACCGCCUUGAAAUGUACAUGGACAUUCACAGUCAUGGCAGUAUGAUUCUGUACGGUUUUGGGAACGGAGAGCUUGCUCCCAAUGGCCUUGAACUUCAUGUUGUCGGAGUUGCAAUGGCCCAAGCUAUUGAUCAAGUUAAGUGGGUUGAGAAACCUAAUUACAGAGUUGGCAAUUUUGCUGCGGUUUUAUAUCCAGCUUCGGGUUUUUCUUCGGAUUGGGUACAAAUAGCUGGAGCAACGCUAUCGUACACUUAUGAAUUGCCAUCGUACAGAGGUCAAAGUGGUGUGAAUGGAUUUUUGGUUGACCCAGAUUUUAUUGUACAGGCUGGAUAUGAAACUUGGGAAGGUAUUAAGGCUGGAGUUAGACAAGCAACAAAUAAAUUCUACAAUCGAGUGGCUGAAAAAGAAGCAAUACUACGUUAAUAGACGAAAAAUGUAUCGUUAAAA